CGUGCUUGGCGCUGUCACGUCCUGUGUCGAUGAUACGGUGUGUUACCAUACAGAAAGUACGGGGUAUCUCCCGCCCUGCCAGUGCUUUAACUAUGAUUUAAAUAAAUAAAUAGUCGAUAUUUACUUCCGCUUCAAUUCGCAUUAUAAGAGAACAUAUUAUAAAAGAUAUAUUUCCCAAAUCAGCCAUCUCUUUCUUUUUUUUUUUUAAUUCAAUCAGCGUUGUGAUCAUCUUCCCGAUCCACGGACGCGUUGAUCUCCUGCACCAUAGUUGGUAUCGGCGGUCAAUAAUCCCGCCCAGAAUAAGAUUCAAUAAUAUGUUAAGAGUUUCCUUUGUCUGGGAAGCUCUCGAGAGCAAAUUGUCUGCGAGCCGACUGGGCAAAAUAACGAGUACUUUUCCCCCUCCGAUCUUGGCAGAAAGGAUGUUUCGAUGUUGCCGGGUGAUUACCGCUCGUUCAUCAUGAUGCUGCCUUGGCGUAGCUCUUGGUACUCCUCGCAAACGGAUGGGAUAAGUAAUAGACCUGAUCUUGGCCCGGGAUCUCUAGAGUAGACCAAGACAUCGGCUCUCAGGUUUUGCUGUCUAGCCCUUUCUUGGUACAUUGGCAAAUGGCGGGAUGAUUCAGCGUUCGUCCUUGGCCUUUCUUGGUCUUUUCUUGGCCCAUAGUGCUUUUGUCAAAGAGAAGGCGCCGCUUCAUCCGGGGUACGAGAUGGCGUUUCUCUGGAUAAGAACCCGUGGAGCGACUAACAUGGAGGCCUGGAUGUAUAAACGCCCCCUAGGCAGCGGAGACAGCAAUUUUUCUUGGGCUUGGGAAAAGCUCCAAAUCCAUUCAAUGCAACUAUAGAACUAUAAAUCCAGCUCGACGUUUUCCUGUUAUUUUCAUAUCGCUAAAUUAAUUUCCGGAGAACAGAGCCGGAGACAGCGUCUACAGACAAGUAGACCUAAUAUCUAUUGCAAUUGUCAUUCAACUGCAACAAGGUCACGAGUGCUUUUUUUUUUUUUUUUUUUUAAUCACAGUAUUGCCUUUUCUAUGUCUCUGCAAUACACAGAUAUGAUAUUUUUUACUCUGAAAGUCUGGAUAUGUAGUCCGUUUGGCAGACCCAGAAAAUGUGAUGAUAGUAUAUGCUUGCAAUAAUCUAUAGAGCUAUCCGGAUAAGAUCACAAUAGACCGAGUACAGUACACUGACCUGAAC